UAACAUUGAAUCACUUCUUUCGUCGACUCAUAAAGUACAGAAAAUGAAAUGUAUUUAUGAGUCUAUCUACAUCAAUGCAAAUCAUGGCAAUUUCGUCCAGUUUAUGGUCCCCGGAACAGAAUAUAGACAUCAUUGGACUGUUGAGAUGAAUAAUUUGAUAUUAAAGCAAGUUUCUUUUGUGCUUUUUGUACAAGUGUUUGGGAUUUUUUUUUAAUGAAUAAGUCGGACUAUUGUUCUAAAGUGCGUGUUUUGUAUACACAAUUAUGGAAUUGAUAUCAGUUAAUACAACAGCAAAAUGAUAAAGAAUAUAUGCCAAGUUAUUAAAAGCUGGGAUAUCAUAUCAAUUGUUUAGUAUUUCUUAGGAUGUAAGUAGAAGUAAUUGGCAAAUAGUGGAACACAUGCAUCAUUGUUCUUAAUCGUACCGACGCUACUUGCAUGGUAAUUCCAAACGUAGCUUAUCAGCACGUAAGCUAACCAGACUGCCUUAGCUUUCUGACACAAAACAAAGCAUUGUCAUCACGAAAUGCCUCAAAGACAUCUUUGUGAUUUAAAACUAACUUUCCAACAAUUCUAAUCCAUUCACCAAUACAGGAAGGUACGUGUUUUGUUAACAGCGUCCAAAACAAAAUGUUUGAGGACAAGUAAUUGACGGUUGAUAUUUCUAAAUUCCUUGCUGGUGUAUCAAAAAAAAUAUCAAUAAUAUUAGUUUUGUGUGAAAAUUCUUGGGAGAUAAAACUAAGCUCCGACAAGAUCUUUAAUGCCAUUGUGUUGACUUAUGAAGCGUUUCACCCAUUUGCUUGUGUGUCUGUUGGUGGCGCGGUCAGUGCUGUCCAGUGGUCGCCUUCCGGACGAGCAGGCCCUCAUGCACCGCCUCUUCAACGAUCAGCAAUAUGACAAUAGCGUGAGGCCCGUCUUCAACUCCUCCGAGAACGUGGAAGUUCAGUUUGGCUUCACGCUCAUACAAGUCAUGGACAUGGACGAGAAAAAUCAGCUGGUUAUCCUAAACGCCUGGUUGGAAAUGAUAUGGCAUGACGAACGCAUAUCCUGGCGGAAAGAGGACUACAACGGCCUGGAGGUUGUACGUCUGCCCGCUCGACUAUUAUGGUUACCAGACAUUGUCCUGUAUAACAAUGCGGACGACUACACGUCUGGUUUCAUGCCGAUCAAUGCCAUGGUCCAUUACGACGGUACGGUCUCCUGGGCGCCACCUGUCCGGCUGAAAAGCUCCUGCAAGGUGGAUAUCACCUACUUCCCAUUUGACCAUCAGGUGUGUAAGUUGAAGUUUGGCAGCUGGACCUACGACAAGGCUCAGGUGGAUAUGGUGAACAAAACUGGAGAUGUGGAAGUGUCUGCGUAUGUCACGAACGGCGAGUGGAUGCUUUCCCGUUACCGCAUCGUCCGUAACGAGGUUGUCUACCCCAUCAGCCCCGCCAUCUACCCAGACGUCACCGUAAUUUUGACGAUACAGCGGCGAAUCCUCUAUUACGUUUUGAAUAUCCUGUUCCCAUGUUUCUGGCUAAAUAUCCUCAGUGUCCUCACAUUCUGUCUGCCUCCGGACGCAGGGGAGAAAAUCACCCUCAGCAUCACGGUUCUGUUGUCCUACUCCGUGUUCAUGCUGCUGGUAGCCGAGUCCAUGCCGCCAACGUCCGAGUUUGUCCCACUCAUAGGUAUCUACUUGACGGUGUCGAUGGCAGUAGCAAGCGUCUCUGUUAUACUGACUGUGGUUGUUCUAAAGCUCCAUCACUGUUCUCCGAACCAGCAGAAGAUUCCGGGCUGGGUUCGCCAUUUUGUCCUCGGCCAUCUUGCCAAGAUCGUCAGGUGCGCAUGCGUCAAAGUGCCAUGCAAACGAAGGGCAACUAUAAAAAAACAGAUUCGUGAAAAAGAAAAUGAGGAGGAAUUAAGGGAAUUACAAACAAAACUACUUAACCAAAUGGAUACCCAGGCUUCGAGAGGUUCCUCAUGUAGCAGUAGUAAAUUUGCCAUCGAGAAUGGAACAAAGACAAGAAUUGGGAGACUUCCACACUCAUCGAAAACUGAUCUCAACGGAAGUAAAGUGAACAUGAACUCCCGGGAUAUCAGUGUGUCAAACAGGAGCUCUCUUCUUGAGGAAGACCUCACUUCGAACUUGAAAAGGGAAGGCUCCCUCGCUACAAUGGAAGAGAUUCUGAGAUGCUUGAAGGUUUUGGUGGUGAAAAGCGACGCCGAAGAUGCUGAAACGGAAGUCGUUGAUGAGUGGAAACAGGUGGCGCUUGUCGUCGACCGACUAUUCUUUUGGAUGUUCAUGUUUAUCACAAUCGUUUCUUCCAUUAUCAUUCUUGUUAUUGUGCCUUCCUUUAAAUUUAUUUCCGAUGAUGGUCUUUGAUUAACAUAUGUGUGAUGAAUGUUUGUCUACGCAAUAACAAUAUUUACAUACUCACACUUAUCAAUAAAUAAAGUAUGUGAGCGUUAACAUAGAAAAUGCAUAAUGUAAAAUGCAAUAGUCCCCGAUUCGGAGACCUUUUACAUACAUACACAUGUCAUACACAUGUCGUAUAGAUCAAGUAUGCAUGUUGAAUUUUUUCAUAAAUAUAUUUUCUUUCCUGACAGACUGAUGACUUGUCUUCCUGGUCGAUAAAUACUCCUUCUUCUACAGAGAAUAAAUACUAUAUAUAUAUAUAUAUAUUAAUAGUUGUGCAAACCUGUAUCCGUUUCAGAUUGAAAACAUGUUUAAAAUAUAUUUAUGACUUGGCUUGUUUCUGUAGUUUUCACAUAAGUAUUAUUACUUGGGAUACCCCCACUGGAAUAAAAACCAACAACACUUACAUUAGGAACACUAACAAUAGGUGCCACUUGGGUGAUGAACAUUUUAUGAUACCUUCACUUCUUUUCUGAAGAAACCGUUUACAAAAGGGAGAAUUAACAAAGAGGGUUACCAUGGUCCUCAAUCGAUCACCAGUGAAAAUGGUUAAUACCUUUUGGAAAAAAAUCUGAAUUUUGUUAUAUACAUCUUGUACACGAAGCCGUGUCUGCUUUGAGGAUGUUUUUGGUUUAUCAGGUUACGUCCGCUUAAUUGACGGGGUGCUCAAUCAAGCAUCUUCACAAUAAGAGGAUAUCCAAAAAGAUGUGGCUAACAUUAACCAAGAGACAAUUAUGAAUUUGUUUGCAAAAGUACUAUGCAAUUUAAAUAAUAUAAUAAUAUAAAUAAGAAAGUGAGUAUAAAGGCCACAAUCGAAAUACGUUUGAAAAACUGUGUACAGAAAUACAUAUUUCAUUGUUGUAGUUUCCAAAUUAAGAAAGUAGGUCAAUAGGUCAAUGUGUUUGCGAAAUUGUUCAUAUGGCUGUUGAUUGAUGAAACUUCGAAAAAAAAAUAAAGAUCAAUAUAUUCUAUAGUCUAGAAUUACUUAAAAUUUUAUUUGCGAAAUUGUACACACCCUGCAAUACAUGAUAUAAAUUUUCAUGCAUUUCAAUGAAGCUACAAUAAUGCGUAUUACAAUUCUGACAAUUGGUUUCAGAGGAAGUUGUCUGUAUAGUCAGAUAGGGGAAAGGCAACGCAUUUGGGCUUAUAGCUUCUCGGCAGAUCAGGUCUGUUUGGCACUGUUGAUCUGGCUGAAUUCAUUUGU